AUGAAAGCUAGUAUCCCCUGUUUACACAUGACAGACUAUUCUUAUUUCGUGAAGGCAGGCCCCCGUUGGGUUAUGAUUGAUGGACUCAACCUUUCGGCAAUUCGUGAGGUCAAGUUGCUUCGUGAGCUAGAUCACCCGAAUGUACUCUGUCUGUUGGACGUUUUCAGCCAGGACCGCGGUGUCUGCCUCGUUUUCGAUUUUAUGGAAUCCGACCUUGAGGCCUUAGUUCACGAUAGCACUCUGCUUCUCCGAGGUGUCGAAUACUUACAUGCUCAUUGGAUCCUGCAUCGAGAUCUUAAACCAAACAACCUCUUCCUUAGUCGCGAAGGUCGAGUGAAGAUUGGUGACUUCGGAUUGGCUCGACAUUUUGCUGCUUCACCUGGGCGUCGCAUGACUCAUCAAGUCGGCACUCGUUGGUACCGUGCUCCGGAGCUCUUCUAUGGAUGCACUCAAUACGGUGUAGGAAUAGAUCUCUGGGCGGUUGGAUGCAUUAUUGCUGAAUUUUUACUUCGGGCGCCUCUUUUUCCUGCCGAUUGUGACCUCACACAGCUAGCUAAGAUAUAUGAUAUAACUGGGACUCCAGACGAGAGAACCUGGCCUGAUGUAGCUCGUCUCCCUAAUUAUGUUACAUUUGAACCAAGACCUGGAAUCCCUUUCGGUCAAAUUUUCACGGCUGCUGGUCAACCGCUGCUUGAUCUUCUUUCUACUCUGCUGAACCUCUCGCCUGAUAGCCGGGGAACAGCAUCGUCAGCACUCUCAUCACGUUACUUUGCUUUGCUUCCGGCCCCUACCUCUGAAAACCGGCUCCCACAACCGAAGAUAAGCCGCACUGUGGCUAGCCUUUUGCAAGCUCACCAACAUCAGCGAAAUAUGGCGAAUCCUUUAGAUCCAGCUACUGUCGCUACAGUAAAUGCGGGUGCAAGUAGCAGCAACAUUGGCGGUAGGACUAUCGGUAGUUCUGCACUUGCUGGGAGUGGACUUCGUGGUUCCAGUGGUCCAGGCAUUGCUAGUACUGGCUCAGGUUCAAUGGCAUUCCGAGUUUCCAGUUGCAUCGGCGGCCCGGGCAUGCCAAGCACUCCACCUACGAGCAAAGUAGCCGGUUGUGAUGAUCAAGAGAGCGAACAAACAUGGACAGAGACGCCAGUGGGAAGAUUGUCGACGAUUGCUGUCAAGCGUCGUAUUCCUGAUCCUGGCCGAAAGGAUAUUGGAGAAGCUGAACUUCGUGUGAAGCCUAAAAAGUUGUGCUUCUGA